UUGUUUGUUUACUCAUCUAUUUAACCCGGCAUCGACGAGCGGGAGCAAAAGUAAAUAUAGAAAGCCAGAGGCCCGAACGAGAAAAACCCCCCGGUCGUCGACAAGAUCGAAACAAGACUCGAUCCUCCUUCGAUCGAUCGAUAGAAGCCCGCGGCUCGACUCAAUCCGCGUCGCCGCUCUCUCUCUCUCUCUCCUCAGAUCGUGAAUGUGAUGGAUCACUAUUACUCAAAAUCCUCUUACGGCGAUCCUUAUAGUGGAGUACUGGAGCUUUGUCUCAAAGACAUCCUUUCUUGUAUCAAACCCUCAGAACAUGAUCGAUUGAGGCGCCUGUACACUAUCGCUGAGAUUACAACUCUCGUUCAAUCUGUGCAAAGUUUGAAAGAUGUUGUCAUCAAGCCUUUUGGAUCUUUUACUUCAAACCUAUACACAAAAUGGGGCGACUUGGAUACAUCAGUACAGCUAUCACAUUGUUUACCUAGCUCUGUUGCUAGAAAACGUAAGCUAAACGUGCUGCGGGAUAUAAUGAAAAUAUUGCGGAAGAAUGGUGUUGCUCGCAAUUUUACCUUAGUUCCAAGUGCAAGAGUUCCCCUUCUUAAAUUUGAAAGCUACCGCCACAAUGUUUCAUGUGAUCUCUCGGUUGAUAACCAUAUGGGUUGGAUGAAGUCCCGAAUCCUCCUAUGGUUAUCAGAAAUUGAUGAGCGCUUACGUGAUAUGGUUUUAUUGACCAAAGAAUGGGCAAAAGCACACGAUAUUAAUGACCCAAAAUCAGGAACACUAAACUCGUACUCACUCUGUUUACUGGUUAUCUUCCUUUUUCAGACUUGUAAGCCGGCAAUCCUACCACCUCUGAAGUAUAUCUAUGGAGGGAACUUCUGCAACUUUACAGGUACAUGGUCCAGUAUUGAAAGUGAGGUAGAAGGUGAAUGUGCUGCUAACAUAGCAAGGUUCAAGUCUUUUAGACAGAGAAAUCAAAGCACCAUGAGUGAACUUUUCGACUCUUUCUUUGAUAAGUACCGUGAGAUCGGGAGACUAUCUUCUGAAUAUGUCAUCAGCACAUAUACAGGUCAAUUGGAAAGCAUUGAAAGCAAUCCCGGAUGGAUGAAGAAACCCUAUCAACUAAUUAUAGAAGAUCCUUUUGAGAGACCAGAUAAUGCUGCUAGGGCUGUUGGUCCGAGAGAGCUGAGCAUGAUAUCAGAAGCAUUCAUGAGUACUUCUCAAAUGCUUUCUUCCUAUUCUCUAAUCCCAGAUAGAAAUGCUUUGCUUUCCAAUUUAGUUAGGCGUGGGAUUAGGCCACAGCUUAAGUUUGGAACACAGAGCAACCAUAGUUCCCAAUCAAGUCAUGAGACACCGUGCUAUGCAAUUUCUGCUUAUGCGACUGAUGAUGAUCCAGUAGACAAGAAGUCUAGUAAAAGUUCACGGGUUGAGGUUGGAACACAGAACCAUCAUAUUUUCAAAUCAAAGCAAGAGAAACCUCCCAACAAGUCCAGCGAAAGUUCACGGCCUAAUGCUGGAACACACAGCCAUUAUACCCCUGAAGGAAAUCAGGAUAAGUCACGAGUUGCAUUUACUGGCUUUGCAGUUGGGCAUUCGAUCAAUGGUCUUAACCACAAGAAACCUAGUACAGAAUUGCAGAGCCAUUAUGGGAAAUCGCAAAGUUCAUCUUCUGCUCGUGCUAUCAAUUCUCUGGACAAUCAGAGAUCAAAAUUUGCUUCUAUCAAUUCUCUGGACAAUCAGAGAUCAAAAUUUGCUUCGGAGAGUAAGGUUAGACCACAAAGCAAAUUUACUGCAGAAGGCCAUAGAGAAAUACCGCAAGUUGCGUUUAUUGGUUAUGCUGCUGCUUCACCUCCCGUUGUCAAUAGAGAGAGGCAAGGGCAUGGUAAUGCUCAGGUUCAGCAAGUGUGGAAGCCCAGGAAUCAAAACAGAUGA